UAUUCAGCAAAGAUAUACAUACCAUUACAGUUGCACUUUAAAACAAUUUAAUUAUUCUCGUAUUGGCUACUUAAAGGUUUUCGCGACAUCUUUGCCUCUGCACAUGUUUCAAAUUGUGUGAUGCCAGUACGCUCUGCUAAUCCGAUACGCGCUAGAAGUUUGAUCCGAGACAAUUUGGAGAAACAGGCUGGUUGUCUAAAUUUAAUACACUCCAGAAUGCCAAACAUUAAAGUGUUUUCGGGCACCUCGCAUCCGGAUUUGGCGCAGCGUAUUGUCGAUCGGCUGGGCAUCGAUUUGGGCAAGGUGGUGACCAAGAAAUUCAGCAAUUUGGAAACAUGCGUCGAAAUCGGCGAGUCUGUGCGUGGCGAAGAUGUUUACAUUGUGCAGUCUGGCUCCGGGGAGAUCAAUGAUAAUUUAAUGGAGUUACUGAUUAUGAUAAAUGCAUGCAAAAUAGCGUCUGCCUCUCGCGUUACAGCUGUGAUUCCUUGCUUUCCCUAUGCCCGCCAAGACAAAAAAGAUAAGUUGUCGGGCAGUGAGGAUAAAGACGAGAGCAAGAUACUUGCCAAGAAAAACAACGAUUGGAAAUUUAGGAGUCGCGCGCCCAUCUCGGCGAAAUUGGUCGCAAAUAUGCUAUCAGUGGCCGGUGCGGAUCACAUUAUAACCAUGGACCUACAUGCCUCACAGAUUCAGGGAUUCUUUGAUAUUCCUGUUGAUAAUCUCUAUGCCGAGCCAGCGGUACUGAAAUGGAUCAAAGAGAACAUUCCCGAGUGGAAGAACUCGAUUAUUGUAUCGCCAGACGCUGGUGGUGCCAAGCGCGUCACCUCAAUUGCGGAUCGUUUGAAUGUGGAAUUUGCGCUGAUCCAUAAGGAGCGCAAGAAGGCGAACGAGGUAGCCUCCAUGGUGUUGGUGGGCGACGUUAAGGAUAAGAUUGCCAUAUUGGUCGAUGACAUGGCCGAUACCUGUGGUACUAUAGUCCAUGCUGCGGAUCGUUUGGUGGAGGCUGGCGCCACCAAGGUCUAUGCCAUACUGACGCACGGCAUUUUUUCGGGACCGGCGAUUUCGCGCAUUAAUAACGCCUGUUUUGAGGCAGUCGUUGUGACCAAUACUAUACCACAGGAUGGCCAUAUGCGUGAUUGCCCCAAGAUACAGUGCAUUGACGUAUCUAUGAUGUUCGCUGAGGCUGUUAGACGAACACACAAUGGCGAAAGUGUAUCCUAUCUCUUCUCAAAUGUUCCAUAUUAGGCACCAGUAGCAACAACAAACAUAACAACAACAACAACAAACAGCCCAAUAAGAAAAGAAGCAACUAUUGUACCCAACCCUUCAAAAUACAUAAACAAAAAUGAAAAAUGCAAAAUCAACUAUUUGAAGCAUGUUUGCCAUCAUCAUCGUUAUAUAUUUUUUAUUAUUAACUAUGUAAUUAAAAGCUCUUAGUGAGAGAACCAUCAUUAUGUAAUUAUAUUAAAAUAGCGUAAAGAAAACUAAAGUAAACUAAACUAAAAGAUUAUUGCCUUUUUGUAUACAAAACAAACAAUUACAUACAUAUUUGAUUUGAGAAACAAAAACAUUAUCUAAGCAUUGGCUGCUCUUAGAGGGCAUUAUUUAAAAUUUAAUUAAAAUACAAGAUUAGCUUUUAACAAAAUAUAUAGAAAAAAAUACACACAUACAUAUUACAUAUUGUACACACCUAAACCAACACAUGAAAAACUUAUUGUAAUUUUACACUGUGCAACAACUUUUUGAUGAUUCUAUAAUAGUCAUAAGUUUUGAUGAAAAGAAGGAAAGAAAAACAAAAACAUAAACAUAAACGAGUUCAAAGCAAAACUUUAGUAUAAUUAAGUAAAAUAAAAUCACAAUUGAAAAGAUCAUA